AUGUCCAACCUGGGUACCCUCUACCAGCAAUCCAUGCUGAAACACCCGUAUGGUUACGCAUUGUACGAGCCAGAGUCGUCACGCCUCCUCCAGCCCGGCUUCUGCGGCUACCUCACAGAGCUGGGGCAGUGGACGCCGCUGGUGGGCGUAGACAAUCUGCCAAUCAACCUCGGCGACGCAUCAUCUCUCACGAAGAAUGGUCUCACAUUCUUUGGACAAUUCCACCGCGCGCCGUCUGACAAACGCGCCUGGGGCCCGAAGCUGUGCGGACAAGUCAAGCAACAAAAGAUCGACCUGGAAGCGGGCGCGUCCCUCCUUCCGGCCGGCAUCCCAGCAGACAUCGGCGCUUUGUACCGGUACAGCAGCACCGGUGGGUUCGGGGCAGUCCUCAUGACGCAGAGCCCGGUCGUCAAAGAGUUCGUGUACGGUGCGACGGCGUUCCGCCUGUGGUGCAAGGAGAACUCGGCCGCGAUCCUCCAGAAAUGGCCGGAUGUCCGUGAGCGCGGGCUUAUCAUCGUGACGUCUACCUAUACAACGCCUUUUGCAAUGAUGAAUGCCUGGGUGGAUAAAGAGAAGGAAUUCUCCGUGGGGUUUAGGGCCGGCGUGGUGGAGAUCGGGGAAGUCGGGCCCUCGACCACUUGGUAUACGUCCAACAGUGAGGGCGGGUGGGUUUCUGCGGCGGCCAGCGGGCCUGAUGAGAGGAAGGUUGUCUUCUUUGGCGGGCUUUAUUUCAAGUAUCGCCGACUGGCGGCUAUACUGCCCCAGUCGCAUGCUUUCAGUGCGGCUCCUGUCGAAAAGGCCAAGUUCCGCGACGUCGAUGACCAGGGGAGGGAGUUCCGGAUUGCUGAUCAGGACGGCGAUGAUUUGUAUGAGGUGAUGGUUACAUCGGAGGAAUGUGGUGAGAUUGCAGAGCUGCCUGGAGAAGCUGCAGAGGAUGAUGAGGAUUUUUAA